AUGCCUCACAAGCAUAAGAGAAGAAAAAAUGACGCGAGCAUCUACGACCUCCCACCCACCCUGAUUGCGAAGCCUCUCCCGACUCGCGAUCCCAACGCCCCAAAAACCAAAGGCAAAAAGCCCGCACCCAAGUCUAAAGCCCCAAAGAAGAAGGAAAGCCUCUCGGCUUUUGCCCGUCGCAAAUCCGAGCUGGAUGAUGACACCCCGCGCGCCUUCCGUCGGCUGAUGCAGCUCCAAGCCAACGGCGGCAAGCCAGCACCACCCAAACCCGAUGCCGGCGAGACAGGAAGCAAGAAGCGCAAGCGCGAUACAACUGAGGACACAAAGCAGUCGUCGCGGAAGAAGACUGCUGUGUCGUCGACUCCGACCGAGGCUGAUAAUGCUGCGACAUCUACCGCGUCUAAUCUGAAGAUUCUGCCGGGGGAGAAAUUGUCAGACUUUGCUGCGCGGGUUGACCGCGAGAUGCCUAUAUCGGGGAUGAAGAGAUCGGGGAAGCCGGCGCCGGCGGACCUACCUAAGCUGCGCGAGGGGCGGCAGACGAAGCACGAGAAGCGCCUUCGUCGAUUACAGGAGCAGUGGCGGAAGGAGGAAGCGGAGAUCUUGGAGCGUGAGGCGGCCGAGCGGGAGGAGCGGGAGGCCGAGUUGGAGGAACAGUUGGAGUUGUGGAAGGAGUGGGAGAUGGAGGCUGCGCAGGCCAAGGCAAAGAAGAAGGGCGCUGCCGCGAAAAGAAAGAAGAAGGGCGAUGGUGCUCUGGAUGAUGAUGGCCCGGAUCCGUGGGCGAAGCUGAAGAAACGGGAUCGGAUGAACAAACCGGCGAACCCCUUCGAGGUGGUUCAGGCGCCGCCGCAAUUGACGAAGCCGAAGGAGGUUUUCAAGGUCCGCGGAGGAGCUCGAGUCGAUGUCGCGAAUGUUCCUGCUGCCGUGGGAAGUUUGAGACGGAGAGAGGAGUUGGCGAGCGAGCGGAGGACUAUCGUGGAGGAGUAUCGGCGGUUGAUGGCUGAAAAGCGACGUUGA